AUGAACCAAGUGAAAACACGUGAUUUCAAUCCUUGGGACUGUUCAGGAACUAGACACUUUGGACUACAUCGCCCACAACUCUUUGCAGGCCAAUGACAAAGCUCCACGCAUUUCCAACAUGGCUCCUGAUUUAGGAAGGGUUACGAGCGGUGAAGAGUAGUGUUGGAAUAAUCAAAACAUAAAAAAUAGUAUGCAUGAAAUAAUCUUGCCACCACUGGAAUCGACUUACAGAAACAUUAAGUAAUGGCAACUCCAGGAAUAGAGCAGCUAUUUGACUUACAGAGGUUGCCAAAGGAUGGCUUCCUUUUGCUCCUGUUCUUGCUCUACGCUCCCGUCGGACUGUGUUUGAUGCUUCUCAGGUUAUUUAUUGGCGUCCAUGUAUUUUUAGUGAGCUGCGCUCUGCCAGAUAGCCUUGUAAGAAGAUUUGUUGUCCGGGUUAUGUGCUCUGUUAUGGGAGUGUUUGUUAAGCAGAAUGAUUCUAGUCUGAGGGACAAGAAUGUAAAAGUGUACGUCUGCAAUCACGUGACACAGUUUGAUCACAACGUAAUCAACCUCCUGACAUCUUGUAACACACCCGUGUUGGAUGUCUCUCCUGGCUUUGUUUGCUGGGCCCGGGGGUUCAUGGAGUUUGGCCUCACCUCCAGCAGGUCUGAAAGGGCAGAGUCACUCAAACAGUACUGCUCAGUGCAGGGCAGCCUGCCUCUCUUGCUAUAUCCAGAAGAGGAAACCACAAACGGCAAGACUGGCCUCCUCAAAUUUAGUUCCUGGCCCUUCUCUGUUUCAGACUCUGUCCAGCCUGUGGCUCUGUCUGUCAAAAGGCCUUUUAUACCAGCGAAUGUUGAAGAGUCCUCCUGGAUUUUAGAACUGCUGUGGACCUUGUUCAUCCCUUUCACAGUGUAUCAAGUAAGGUGGCUCCCUACUGUAUCCAGACAAGAUGGAGACUCCAGUCAAGAGUUUGGAAAUAAAGUCCAGGAGCUGUUGGCAGUGAAGCUUGGUGUUGUAUCCACGCAGAUCACUCGAGCAGAUAAAGCAGAGCACCUUAAGAGGAAAAGGCAUAUUGCACCUCAUACAAUAAACUCAAAUCAGUCACUAGGUGCGAGACCCAGGACUAUCUCUUUGGGGUUUAUGGCUAGUAACUCGAUGAUGGAAGACAUGAGGAUUUCUGGGAUGGUUCAGCAGGUUAAGGAAGUGCUUCCACAUGUUCCCCUGGGCGUCAUCAAGAGAGAUCUUGUGCAAACAAACUGCGUUGACACGACCAUCGCUAACCUGUUGGAGGGAGCAGAGGAAAUGAAUUCCGGCUCUUCUGGUGGAUCGAGUGUGGCCGCUAUCCAGACUAGUUCCUUGAAUGCCAUUGGAGCCACAGCCUCCGCUCCUGCUUUGAAGCCUGCGGCUGAAUCAUUUGGGAGAUCUACAGCUGACAGACACAUGUCGCUGCAAGAUAGGAAAGAGGCCCUGUACGAAUAUGCAAGAAGACGUUACAUAGAAAAACAUGGACUCAAUCAGCAAACGCACAAUACCCAGUGAUGUAAAGAGAAGAGGGUCGAAAAAUACGGAUUAAUUUGUGUGGAAAGACAGACGUUAUUGUCAAAGGAUUUUAAUAAACUGGGGAGCAGACUUCAUGUCUGUUCAUGUUCAUGUAAACAAGUGUGACAAGUGUCGUUUUGGGGGAGGUGGGGGGGGGGGGGGGUUGGAACAAUAAAAUGGAGGUGGUUCUUAAUUUUUUUCUGUAAGAGAAAUGAUUACAUUUUUGGUAAAAAAGUGAUCUAGUUAAAGUGAUGCAUUGUGUGUGUGAGAUACGCACCCGUGUAGUCAAAAGUUUACAUACCUCAAUGGAAAUUUUAUAACUUCUAGAAACUUCUAAAAAACAAAAUUAUAGGAAAACUUAUUUAUUUCAGCAAUUUUUUUUUUUUCAAAACCCCAAAAAAUGCUAAUUGAAAAGUAUUCAUACCCUGACAAGGAAAAUGAAAUUAAUAGCUAAUUGAGGCACCUUUAGCAAUAAUAACUUUUAAAUGAUUAAGAUAUUUGUCAACAAGCUUUUGGUAUGAUUCUUUAGUGAUUUUGACUAUUCUUUAACGCAAAAUUGUUCCAGUUCAUUAAAAUUCCAAGGACUUCUCUUGUGCACAGUCUUCUUCAACUCAUACCAAAGAUUCGCAAUCUGAUUUAGAUCCAAAACUUUGAUUUUAUUCUUCUUUAACCAUUCUGAAAUAGAUUUGUGUACUUUUGAUCAUUGAUGGAACAUCCAUUUGCGCUUUAAACCAAGUUUUGUAAUGGAGGGUUUCAGAUGAUUGACUAAUAUCUUUUGGUAUGCUAUGGAAUCCAUUUUACCAUGUAUUGGAGCUAAAUUUCCUGUGCCAUUAGAGGAAAAAGCCCCAUAGAAGGAUAUUACCACCUCCAUGCUUGACAGUAGGUAUGGUGUUCUUUUUCUUUGUACGCCUCACCAGACUUUUUCCAAACGUAACAACUAUCAGCGUGACCAAAUAGCUCAAUUUUUUGUUUCAUCACGCCACAAAACCUUAGACCAGAACUCCUAUCCAUCAUUCAAAUUCCAUUUUGCAGACUUUAAGCAAUUGUCUGUGUUUUCCUAAGAGUGGCUUUUUCCUUGGCUUUUGACCAUUGAUACAUUCACCAUGCAAUACUCUACCUAUGGUUGAAAUGGAAACCCCAGUCCCACUUGCAGCCAAUUCACUUUGAAUAGGUUUGGUAGUCAAUCUCAGAUUGAUAUUAACCUUCCUCACAAUUCUUCUACUUGUUCUUUGGUGAAAGAUUGAGGGAGCGUUAUGACAGUACCAUGAGUCUUGUACUUCUUGAUAAUAGAAACAGUAGUUGAAAUUGGGAUACUCAAAUAUUUGGAAGUCUUAUCUUCUCCAGCUUUAUGACAAUAAAUAAUUUUCUGCAUAAGGUCUUCAGGUAGCUCUUUACUUUUUCCCAUAUUGAUUUAUUGGUAAUGACAGCAAUCAUCCUAUGCCUAACCCUUUUAUACUGUUCAAUACAGAGUAUGAAUACUUUCGAAUUAGCAUUUUGAGUUUUGAAAAAAAAUUGCUUAAAUCAAUAAUUGUUGACAUAUUUCUUGUAAAUCUUUUCUUCAUCCACAAAAUCAAAACUUUUAGAAAUUAUACAUUUCCAUUGGGUUAUGUAAACUUUUGACUACAAUUGUGUGUGUAUAAUUAUAUAUAUAUUUUUUUACCAACUUAAGGGUGGUUUAAAAAAUAUAAAAUGCAGAGCUUGUUUUUAUUUUAAAGCCAUGACAUUUUUGUAAAUUCCUUAUAUUGAAUUAAGUAUUGCAAUAAAUUAGUGUCAGCAAUUUGUAUGACUGAUAACUGCAUUAUAUCUCCCUAAUAUUAACCCUGUUACACUUCUGUAGCGGCAGGAAGAUUAUUUUCCUGUGUUUGUUUUCAUGCUGCUACAUGAAGUAUACCUGGCAAACUACAUGCACCAAUGUGUGUGUGUGUAAAAAUAAGAAAGCUUUGUUAUGAAGGUAGCUGUAGCUUUACAUGAAAUGUAGCAAGUAAAGUGUGUGUCAUGGGCUAUACCUUAGUGUAGAUGUUCAGUGCCACCUUCCAAAAAAUUUAAUUCAUAGUUUACUAGAACAAAGGUUUUAAAGCACAUUUGUAUUGGUGGUCUGGGCCCUUUGCAAACUACAGCUAUGGCCAAAAAAAACAAUAUGAACAUAAUUUGGAUAUUUUAUUUAUCAUACAAUCAGAAACUACAAAAUUGUAUCAAGUGUCUCCUGGAAGCCAUAAUAGCACAAAUGUUUUGAAAUGUCAAAUUUUUUGCUAAAUAUAUGAAAUUACAAAGUGGUAUGUAAUUCAAUAUGUUAACGUAACAUUAUUCAGCAGUUUUCAUUUGACUUUAUGAAGCUAAAUUUGUUAAUUCUAUAGGGUGAUGCAAAACUUUUGGCCAUAGUUGUACACUUGGAUCAAGUUUGCUGUACAACUUUCCAAAAAAACUUCCGUGUUUGUUCCUAAGAGCUUGUUAUUGUAUAUACUCGGUGGCAUAUGAUAGAUUAAAAUGCACUCUUAAGGGACUUCAGCAGAUCCUGAAUAAAUUGUGUAGUAAUGUUA